CCAGGAGUCUGGGAGGAGUGGCUGUAAGAGGAGGAGCAACUGGGACUGAGUCAUGGCAGGAAACAGGAGGGCGGGAGAUAGCAUAUAAAGAGAGACAGCAGGCCUUGAAAUUCACAGCGCAGUAGCAGCAGCCAGAGGAGCAGGCUUGCAGCAAGUGGUCCAGCCCCCUCAAGUCUAGAUCUGCCUGUGACAACCAUCUUCUGGGUGACCAGUGACCAGUUCUAGCCCCAGGAUGGGGACCAUAUCCAGAUCAGCCUUGAUCUUGGCCUGCUUGGCUCUUGCUUCUGCUGCCUCUGAGGGAGUCUUCAAGGUUUCGGACCAGAGAGAGAUGAAGCCAGAGCACCUCUUCCAGCACCUCCAUGAAGUAGGCUAUGCAGCACCCCCUUCCCCCCCACAAACCCAGAAGCUCCGAGUCGACCACUCUGAAACGUCUCUGCAUGACCCUCCCCUCUUUGAAGAACAAAGAGAAGUGCAGCCCCCUUCCUCUCCUGAAGACAUCCCUGUGUUUGAGGAAGAGUGGUCCACUUUCCUAAACCCUAAUGUAGAUAAAGCGGGUCCCCCUGUCCCUCAAGAAGCCAUCCCCCUGCAGAAAGAGCAGCCCCCUCCCCGAAUCCCUAUUGAGCAGAAGGAAAUAGACCCACCUGUCCAACAUCAGGAGGAGAUUGUCCAGGCCAGCCAGAAAGAGGAGAAGCCACCCACCUUGGCGGGCCAGCUGCCUCCAGAGCCCCGGACUUGGAAUCCAGCCCGCCACUGCCAGCAGGGACGUAGAGGUGUCUGGGGCCACCGGCUGGAUGGCUUCCCUCCUGGACGGCCUUCUCCUGACAACCUGAAGCAGAUCUGUCUUCCUGAGCGUCACCACGUGGUCUACGGCCCCUGGAACCUGCCACAGACUGGCUACUCUCACCUUAGUCGCCAGGGAGACGCCCUCAAUAUGCUGGAGACCGGAUAUUCCCGCUGCUGUCGCUGCCGCAGCGACACAAACCGCCUAGACUGUGUGAAACUUGUGUGGGAGGAUGCAAUGACCCAGUUCUGUGAGACUGAAUUCUCGGUCAAGACCCGACCCCACCUGUGCUGCAGACAGCGUGGGGAGGAGCGAUUCUCUUGCUUCCAGAAGGAAGCUCCUCGACCAGACUACCUGCUCCGCCCCUGCCCCGUCCACCAGAAUGGCAUGACCUCAGGGCCCCAGCUGCCUUUCCCCCCGGGGUUGCCCACACCAGACAAUGUCAAAAACAUCUGUCUUCUGAGACGCUUCCGCUCCGUGCCGCGCAACCUCCCCGCUACUGACGCCAUCCAGAGGCAACUGCAGGCUCUGACCCGGCUGGAGACCGAGUUCCAGCGCUGCUGCCGCCAGGGCCACAACCACACUUGCACAUGGAAGGCCUGGGAGGACACCCUGGAUGGAUACUGUGAUAAGGAGCUGGCUAUAAAGACCCACCCCCACACAUGUUGCCACUACCCUCCUAGUCCUGCCCGGGAUGAAUGCUUUGCCCACCUCGCUCCCUAUCCCAACUAUGACCGGGAUAUCUUGACCCUUGACCUCAGCCGAGUCACCCCCAACCUCAUGGGUCAGCUCUGCGGAAAUGGAAGAGUUCUCAGCAAGCAUAAACAGAUUCCUGGGCUGAUCCAGAAUAUGACUGUCCGCUGCUGUGAGCUACCAUAUCCAGAACAGGCCUGCUGUGGUGAAGAGGAGAAACUGGCCUUCAUUGAGGAUCUCUGUGGUCUCCGGAGGAACUCGUGGAAAGAUCCUGCUCUCUGCUGUAACCGGGCUCCUGGAGAUAAACAAGUCAACUGCUUCAAUACCAACUACCUGAGGAAUGUGGCUUUAGUGUCUGGAGACACUGGGAAUGCCACUGGCCUGGGGGAGCAGGGCCCAACUGGGGGAACAAAUGUCAGCCCCGCCCAUGGGUCCAAGGAAGAAUGAGUCACCCUGAGCCUCAGAGGAUUAGAUGGGGGAACCCCGCCCUACUCCACCCUCCUUGAACACUCAUUACAAUAAAUGCCUCUUGGAUUUGGCA